AUGGCGGUGGUAUGGGUCAUGUGGCUGUGGGCUGUGGGCUGGGUUGUGAGCGGGGUGGUGGGGGAAGAGGCGCAGAUUUUUGUGGACGAGGUGGGCGACUUGCAUUUGGAGGCAGCGUCAACCAACUCGAGUCGGGUGUGGCUUGGAUCGACGGAUCUGGGGCAGGAGCUGGCUACGCUGCGCGCGGCGGUGGACGAGCUGCGAGUGGAGAAUGCGCGGCUGCGCGCGGAACAAGUUGCUUUGCGCCAGGCUGCCCGCAUGACGGGCUCUUGGUGGUUUCGGCACCUCUAUGACCAGGGCAGUAUACCAAUACAUGCCAUUUACGAUGGCAACAUGGGCUUUGCCGUGGCGGCCGCGGGAAACCUCGUGGCGGUGAGCGCUCCCAAAAACAACAUAGCAGCGGCGAAUGCGGGACUUGUGCACGUGUACAGACGUUACCCGGACGGGUCGUUUAGUCUCAUGGUCAACCUGUUCCCACCCAACGCUCAAGUCGGCGAUGAGAUGGGGUUUGCGCUGGCCAUGGAUACACGUGUCUUAAUCGUUGGCGCGCGCACCGAUCGACAGCUUGAGAACAAUGGCGCAUUCUGGGUGUUCGCCAUUUCGAACGACGGAACGAGUCUCGAUUCUAACCCGCUUCAAUUUGUGGAAGGCCCCCUUUCCAUCGGUCUGAACUUUGGUCGGUCUCUCAGCUUGAGCGGUGACCUGUUGGUGGUUGGCGCACGUUGUGAUCCUGAUAACCUGCCCCCGCCCGACUGCCUCUUCCUUUACCAUCGUGGAUCCAGCGGCGACAAUUUUGUAUUCGUCAAGGCACUCUCCGCCUCUGCCUUCCCUUCAAGCCGAACCCUUUUGGUCUCGUUGGCCCUGUCCGGCACCCGACUAGCUGUCGCAACCCUGAGCGAGACACCCGGCAAUUCCCUUGAUGGGGCCGCAUAUAUUUUCCACCUGGACACGACCGUGUUGGCGAAUGCGAGUCUGACCUGGCAGGCCACUCUCUCCAGCGACGAGCCAAACGACCUGUUUGGACGCAGCCUAUGUUUUGUCAACGAGAUUUUGCUCAUUGGCGCACCCGCGCAGGGUGACCACGUUGGCAGAAUCUUGGCCUACGCUCCUUCGUCAAGCAACGGCGACGGUUUAGAGGCCCCAUACGGUUACGUCGGCGAGCUGGCCAAUCCCGGCCAAAUGGAUUUUGCUCGCUUCGGCAUGGCCAUGAGCACCCACCUCGACACACUCUACGUCUCAAGUUUUCAGCGCCAUCCAAACGGCACCAUGAGCGACACAGGGCACAUCCACAUUUUUUACCCUUGA